AUGCAGGACAUUCAGUUCAAGGCCGCCUUGGUGGCCUGUCUUGCUAUCUUUCCAGCCUUUGCAAAUGCAUUCUGGCGUCUCCCCUGCCGUGGCAGAACUGGUCUGUCUCGGCUGGAUCCCAUUGUCGACCCGGGGAGAAUAUCGCCUCAUGUGCAUUCUAUUCAUGGCGGAGGAAAUUUCGGCAUGAGUUCGGAUAUGGACUCUCUGCUAGAGUCGAACUGCACGUCCUGUGGUGUGCUGCAGGAUUUCUCGGCAUACUGGACUCCUGCACUAUACUUUAUGCAUACGAAUGGUACUGCCGAAGUGGUUCCAGAGGUUGGAGGCAUGCUGGCUUACUACCUUCUAUAUGGGGAGAAUAUCACAGCUUUCCCGGAUAAUUUCCGGAUGCUUGCAGGGGACCCGUUCCAGCGAAACUUCACCUGGCCAAUUCCCGACCCGCCCAAGUCAUCAUGGUCCGGUGAUCAGGUGUCUCAAAAGGCACUUCGUCAAAAGGCUCUGGGAUUUAACUGCCUCAACUACGACACUACACCCGAAGGAUCCCUUACGCGCCAUUUCAUGCCGAACAAGACCUUCCUCGAUGAGAAUUGUAUCGACGGUCUCCGCUUGGAACUCAUGUUCCCUUCGUGCUGGAAUGGCAAGGAUGUCGACUCGGAAGACCACAAAUCCCACGUUGCGUAUCCUGACCUUGUGAUGACGGGAACGUGCCCAGAGGGGUACGAGACGCAACUAGUCUCACUAUUCUACGAGACAAUCUGGAACACGUACGCGUUCAAAGGCGUGGAUGGAUAUUUUGCGCUGGCGAACGGGGAUCCCACUGGGUUUGGGUAUCAUGGGGAUUUCAUGUACGGCUGGGAAGAUGGUGUCCUGCAGCAGGCCGUUGACACUUGCACAAGUGCAACAGGAUAUGUGAGCGAUUGUGAAAUCUUCGAUUUGCAGAGCGAGGAUGAUCAGCGACAAUGCUUUUUCGAGGAGCCUGCUCAGCUUCAGCAUGAAAAUACUCAUCUUCAUGCUGACGGACUGCCUGGUGAUGUUCCUAUUCAGUGGGGACCUGCAUAUGCUUUUCCUUCUGCGACGACGAGUUCUACAACUCCCACGAGUUCUGCAGCUCAUAAGACGGCAGCUCAUAAGACGGCAUCAGGGCUGCCCGAUAUUGUUGAGAGUCUCGUCAUCCCGUCUUUACCGCUUGGAAUUUCGUUCGGGGCUAAUGUUAAGGUUGGCGCCGUGAACACUGCCACGGUUGCUGCGACUACUUCCACUUUCACAUCGAGUCCGACCCCGACCCCCACUACUUCGAUUGAAACUGAUACUAUCACCGAGGAGAUUAUCUAUUUGCGAAAGGAGGUUAUUGUUAUGAUGGAUGAGAACGGAUUACCAUAUUCCACCAGCACAGGCACUGCACACACCGUUUCAACAGCUUUCACCGAGGCCACUGAGACGUCUACUAUUGUUUCGUAUGUGGAAAGAGACAAUAUUCCUGUACUUUCAGGGAGUGAUUACACGCUAGGACAUGCGCGAAGACAUGUACACCACCAUGGUCACCUGCACAGACGAGACAGUUACUAG